CCAUAUAGGUGUCAAACACCGUCAAAAUGUCACCGAAACUAGAUAUUUUGGAAAUAAAAUAAAAUGCUCCAAGUAAAACAACCGCCAAAAUGAUUAGCCGGUAGGAAAAAACCAAAUUUCUAGCAAAAUCUAAACCUCCAACGUCAUGUCAAUAGCUGUGCGGUGGAUGAAACUGCUGGAGAGCUCCAGGGAGGGGUUAGGUAAGCCCGCAGCAUAUGGAGUCUAUCGCUACUUUGCUGACAAAGCGAAGUCAUCUACAACAUCAAAACAGGCUAUUCAAGGAAACAGUAAUGAAGAGAAAAUCCGAGUCCGGCGGGCCAGACCGUCAGAUUUGGCCAGAAUCAUCAGAUUUGUGAAGGAGCACGCGCGGGUGGCCUGGCCUGGGAUCACGCCGCCGCUCCCGUCGCAGAACAUACUGUUCGAGGACUAUGUUGCACGAUCGCUGGCUCAAGGUCAUUCGAUGUUAGCCGAACAGCAAGAGGCUAAGAGAUGGGGCAAGGUUCGUGGACUGGCCCUCAACACAGCCGUAUGCCCCUGGGAUGCUUUUCUGCUGGAGAAAUGGGCCCAGUGCAUCAAGUGUGCCCGCACCAAAAAACUGAUGCUGCUCACAGCGCACUGCCUGCGCGCGCCCGGUAUCCAUGACAAAUACAAAGUUCAUACCGUUCUGCAAGUGAUUCUAAUGAUAGCACCCAACUCAACUAAACCUGAUGAAAUAGCGCAGAUGUUAGCGAAACACUCGCUGCAGCGUGGCGCCGACGUUGGGAUACCAGUGCUGCGCUUUGACGUCACCAGCGAUACUCUGUCGCGAAUUCUACAAUCGCUAAAUCUUCAUAAAGAGUGGGAGUACCAUUAUGAAGUAGAGGCGAACACCAUUAAGGAGGUGUCGGGCGGUAAAGAAUCAAGUAUGUUAGAAGACAAGAGAUCCGCGCGACAGUCACUCUCCAGAGACCACAGGUACCUGGCAGUGUACACCGCAUUCCCUUUACAUGAGAAACCUCACUAAGAAACAUUUUGACGGCUGCAAUAAAAUAAUUUCGAUAUA